AUGGCUCCGGACUUGAACUCAGUACCGGUGUCGCCACGCCCAAGCGUCACAAGCAACCCCUCGCAUACACAAGCUGGUGCUUCAAGCUCACGCCAGGCUUCUCGACGAACAUCGCAAAUCUACCCUAUGAGCCCACCACCACUCCCUCUGGCUUCACCAGGCGGUACGCUGCCACACGCAUCCCACACCCAUGCCUUCCCACCGCUUUCCCCGAACCUACCCAGCGCAGACGCAGGCAACAUCCCCAUGCGACACCCACGCCCCAUGACAGCCGCCGAGAUGCACCUCGAGCUCGAAAAGGAGCAAGAAGCCGUCGUCAACCGGCUGACGCGCGAGCUCUCCGCCCUGCGCGCGCAUUCCGCCUCCGUGGCAUCCACAACCUCGUCCAUCGCCUCCAACGCGCUGCUCGACGUCACAGAUCCCGCCGGCAGCGCAGCACACUCCGGCGCGCCCCUGCAAGGCGCCACGCACCCCACCUCCUCGCGGCGGCACCGCAGCAGCAGCAGUGUGAGCCGUAGCGGUGGCCUCCCGAUUCACAGCCUCCCGCAGAGUCACAGGCAUAGUGUCAGCAGUCAGCAGGGCAGCGUGGAGAUGCGCAGGAGCAGCAGCAUUGUGAGUACGCCGCGGUAUGAGGAGGUGGCACUUCACAGGGCGGAGCUGGAGGAGGUCAAGAGGGAGAACGAGGUGCUGAAGCAGAGGAUUAGGGAGUUGGAGAGGGCGAUUAGGGGCGGCGAGGAGGUCAGGGGAAGGAGUGGUGCACCG